AUGUCGGCCUCUCUGCCCGGUAGCCGAGAUCUGCCAGCCUCCAGAUAUGAUCUGAGCUCGUAUCUUGGACGAGUGAAGCAUUCCGCAGACCUUUCAGACCCGAGCACUCUCUUCACUUCAUCCGCCGGUCUUGAACAGGCAAAGUCGCUCAUCACUCAAUACAAGCAAGGUCAGAUUCAGCAUAUGACCCCGGAGCUAUGGACGGCGAAGAAGAUUGUGGAUUCCACCCUCCACCCAGACACGGGCGAACCGGUAUUCCUACCAUUUCGAAUGUCAUGCUUCGUCCUAUCCAAUCUCGUCGUCACAGCUGGUAUGCUCACCCCAAACCUCACAACCGCCGGAACCAUUGCAUGGCAAGUAGCCAACCAGUCCCUCAAUGUGGGCAUCAACUUCUCCAAUGCCAACAAGAGCACUCCCAUGGCAACCUCCACCGUAGUACAGUCGUAUUUCCUGGCCGUGGGUGCAAGUUGCGGAGUCGCAGUCGGUCUCAACUCGAUUCUGCCACGCCUGAAGCGUAUCACUCCCAGCACGCGAAUGCUACUAGGCAGACUUGUACCUUUCGCCGCCGUCGCAAGCGCUGGUGUUCUCAACGUCUUCCUGAUGCGAGGAGAGGAGAUCAGACGCGGUAUCGACGUCUACCCAAGCGAAUCAGCAGAGGCCAGAACGAAGCGCGAGGAGGCCAAUCAAGCACUGGAACCCGUUGGCAAGAGCAAAAAGGCCGCCACUCUCGCAGUGGGAGAGACGGCAAUAUCUCGCGUGAUGAACGCAUCUCCGAUCAUGGUCCUGCCGCCACUGAUCCUGGUGCGGUUGCAGAAGAUGCAGUGGAUGAAGAAUAACCCUCGUUUAAUGCUCCCGGUGAACCUCGGCUUGAUUCUGACCACGAGUAUCUUUGCGCUUCCACUUGCGUUGGCUGCCUUCCCACAGCGUCAGGCUGUCAAGGCUACUAGUCUGGAGAAGGAGUUCURGGAGAAAGGWGGCAAGGGAGGAUUGCUUGAGUUCAACAGAGGUAUCUAG